GACAAAGUCCGCUCGCUGGCAAGCACACAUUUCCUAACAAGUCUCGUGGCUCCAUCGAACCCAUCUGCUCGUUUUGGUGUGUCACUAUGUGUGUCCUCGCAUCGCCAAUCGAGUCGCCCUGUCAUGACGCGAGUAGCCUUUUCGACCGUUCGUAUACGCCCCUCAACACUGGGAAUACUCGAGAAUACUCCAGGUACUUGUCGGCAAGGUGAAAACCUCCAAGGAAGAAAAGAAGCAAUCCCAGCUAAGGUUCUGCGCCGUACGAUUACUUGCGUGCAAGUUCGCAACGUCCCGCUGUGUGGCGCCCGAUCUUGGUGGCCGGCAAAGCAGCACGGCCAACACCUUAACGGGCUAAAGCCCAGCCCAGCGGCAGCGGGGGUGGAAGAGACCUCGCUUGCGGCUUGCCUCCUUGCUGGAUCCAGAUGA